GCCUGGGUCGACAUAGCCGCGGUCUCAUGGCAAAGAGGUAUACUUCAUAUUUUCUUGGUGUUUUGCUGUCGGUUGCAGUAACUUUGGCCCUGCUCCAGGCUGAGGCAGCAGCACCGGCAGUUUACAUAUUCGGAGACUCAACUCUUGAUGUUGGCACCAAUGUCUUCAUACCCGAAUGCACCGCAAAGGCAGACGUCUAUUUCAAUGGUAUCGAUUUCCCUAACUCGGUGCCAACGGGGAGAUUCAGCAACGGCCUUAACACUGCUGAUGAAAUAGUGAGACUGUUGGGCUGGAAGAGGAGUCCACCACCUUUUCUCUACCUUCUCAAUGAUCCGUCGACUUUCAAGCAGAAAAUACUCCGGGGUGCCAACUUUGCUUCUGGAGGAUCGGGAAUUUUAAACACUACUGGACGGCGAUUCAAUAAGGUUAUAUCCAUGGAGCAGCAGAUUCAACAGUUUUCAACUGUUCGUUCGAAUAUCACAAACAUGACUGGUAGCGAUGCAGCAACUGAUAGGAUUCUUUCGAAAGCAUUCUUUCUUAUCAGCAUUGGAAGCAAUGACAUCCUUGAGUAUCUGCUUAAUCUUACCACAACAAAAAUGUCCAUCCCGGAGUUCAAUGUCACCCUGUUAUCCACAUACGAAAACCAUUUAAAGACUCUGUAUGACCUUGGAGCCCGAACGUUUGGCAUUUUAACUGUUCCACCGAUUGGGUGCACCCCAUUUGCUCGUGCUGUUUUCACUCAAGAUGGUAGCUGUUUCGAACCAGCUGAACAGUUUGCAGAAGCCUUCACUGUAGAAGUUGCGGCCUUGUUAAAACAGUUUAGCACUGCAGUCCAAGAUAUAAGGUAUUCGUUGGGGAAUACGUAUUUGAUGACCACUACUAUGAUGGAAGAUAUGUUAGCCUUUGGUUUCAGGAACGUUGCAGCAGCUUGCUGUGGAAAUGGAACUCACCAAUGCAAUCAAACGGCCAGCUUCUGUGCAAAUCGCGAUGAGUACUUAUUCUGGGACCAGUUUCAUCCAUCACAGAAAGCUUCCGAGUUGGCAGCCCUAACUCUAUUUGGUGCAUCAGAAUCGCUUGUGGCGCCCAUGAAUUUCAGUCAGUUGCUUGGGGUUAACGUAUUUUGUUUGUUUCUAUCUGCAUUCUUUGAGGAGAAUGAGAGCCUUUAA